AUGUGGUUGCUACUGUUGAAGUUGGUGGCUCUCGCCACUGUGACUAGCGCAGCACGACACGCGACGAACAGCGUUCAGGGUGUAAAUGAGGUCAGGAAUGUGGCAAUCAUUGGAGCUGGGGCUGCAGGUUCUUCAGCAGCAUAUUACUUGCAAAAAUACGCGGAGGAGGAGGGUCUAACUGUCAACAUCACAGUUUUCGAAAAGACGGACCACAUUGGUGGACGUACCAUCACUGUGAAUGCCUUGGACGACCCCAAGGAACGUGUGGAACUCGGAGCAUCCAUCUUCAUCAAAGACAAUCACAUUCUGUACAAUGCCACGCGCAAUUUCAACCUGUCGCUGACGGAGCUGUCAAAGCCUGAGGCUGGCGACUACACGGCUAUUUGGGAUGGGGAGACCAUCGUCUUUGAGUCGUAUGCAGGCACUUCCUGGUGGUGGGAUACUACCAAACUAUUUCUGAGGUAUGGCUUGGCACCUUAUAGGGCUGUACAGUUGGUGAAGAGUGCUGUUGGGACAUUUCUUCGCCUUUACGAGGCACCGUAUUUCCCAUUUCGAUCCUUGACGCAGAGGGCUUUUGAGCUGGGGCUGUUGCGCUUGACUGGUGUUACUGGUGAGCAAUACCUGAAGGAGAAUAAUGUUAAUGAAGAUUUUGUGCGCGAGCUCAUGCAGUCGGCUACGCGGGUCAACUAUGCCUCGAAUAUGGCUUACAUUCACGCUUUGGAAGCAUUGGUUUCGUUUUCUACUGAGGGCGCAGUAGCCGUCGCUGGAGGUAAUUGGCAAAUUUUUCAGAGCUUGCUUCAAAAUAGUCAGGCAUCCUACCAUCCAAACACCUCUGUCACUGGUAUUGCGUUCCAAAAGGGUACCAACAAGCCUGGAUCAGUGCCCAAGUAUGUGAUAUCCACGAAACAGACGAACUCGAAAUCAAAAGCCUCCAAGUUGUCAACGUCUUUUGACAGCGUCAUUAUUGCGUCCCCAUGGCAGUUUAGCGAUAUUGAGACUACAAACGAGGUUAUCAAGCACCGUAUUGAUACUAUCCCUUACAUGAAGCUUCACGUCACGCUUUUCACCUCGCCGUUCCGACUGCAACCAAGCUUCUUCGGCCUGGAGCCAGGAAAGGUGGCCCCCAGCAACGUGUACACGACUCUCGGAAGGGAUGAAGUACCACAUGAGGCUGGUGACGGAGUCGGCCGUACAGGCUUCUAUUCCGUCAGCACUCUCCGCACGGUGACCAAUCCCAAGACGCAAAAGAAGGAGUUUCUCUACAAGAUCUUCUCUGCCGAAGCAGUCACGGCAAGCUUCCUGUCCGACCUCCUAGGCACACCUAUCCCUUCAUCUUUUACGUCCAACGAGUCGAUGAGUGAAGUUGAGCCAAUCUCGUGGUAUUAUCCUCAUUGGUUUUACUCAUACCCAAUCGAAUCACCGCGAGUCACGUUCCAGGAUCCCAUCCUCGGCAGGGGUCUAUACUACACCUCUGGCGUGGAAAGCUUCAUCUCAACCAUGGAGACUAGUGCUCUCAUGGGAAUGAAUGUGGCGCGUCUUAUUGCAGAUGACUUUGCCGGCAUAAAGAGGAACGGAAGAGGAGCUCGGGUGGGUCAGCCGGAUCCUGGAGCCAGAAUGCCGAGGGAAGACUUUUGGGACAGUAUGGACAGCGAGAUGGGAGUCAGUAUGAACUUUUUGGGUGCAGACGAACUUUAG